CUCGACGAAACUGUCAAAUUUCAUCCACAGACAAUAGUUUGUAAACAACUAAUAAGUCGCGGGUGAAAGCGGAGUGUUUUGCUUUAUCCUGAACAGAAAUGAAUGUUUCCAUCGAAAAGAAACGAGCGGACUGUGCGGCACUGCCGAAAGGAUGGCAACGAGAGGAAGUUCUCCGGAAAACUGGACUAUCCGCUGGCAAAGUAGACGUAUACUAUUAUAGUCCAACGGGUAAAAAGAUCGAAAGUAAACCGCAACUAGCCCGAGCACUCGGGGACACUAUCGACCUGUCUACGUUUGAUUAUCAAGCCGGUCGGAUCGUACCGAAUGCAACGCAUAUGAUGUUGCAGCACAAUGCACUCAAAAGGAAAUUAGGUGGUCCAGUGGCAGCAGGUGCUCCCCUAGUUCCAAGUCCAACGCUACCGCCACCUGUUCCGAUUUAUCAUCAGUUUUCCAGUGGCGCAGGUGGAAGACAGCCGCACCAGCAGUAUGAAUACAGUCGAGGAAUGCGGGCGGAUACUUCCUUAAUCCCACCGAUUCGGCAGACAGCGUCCAUUUUCAAGCAGCCAGUAACAGUCGUCCGGUCUCAGGACAGUGAUAGCAAAGUUAAGCGGGAGCUACAACAUGGCUCCCAGAUCAAACCGAAGCAACUGUUUUGGGAGAAACGGCUGGAGAAUCUCCGUGCCAACAACACGUUCAACGAAGAGAUCGGUUCCCUGGAGCUUCCCAAGCGCCUCAAAGCUGUUGGUCCUGGGGUAAAUGAAGCCACAGUGCUACAAUCGCUAGCCACAGCACUGCAUCACAAUACCCAUCCUGUAACUGGACAAACCGCUUCCAAGACUUCAUUGAACACAAACGCCGGAGUUUUUCUCAAUCCGGAUCAGCCACUGAUGCAUGUAACCACCGUCACUGAGGAUGAUAUUAAACGACAAGAGGAGCGAGUUCAGUUCGCCCGUUCCCGACUGCAAGAGGCUUUGCGGGCGUAAACUAAGGUAAUUCAUUAUCCGUCCUCGUAUGUGUCUGUGUGUGCGUUCAUUUCUACUUUUAAACAGUAAUUUUAAUCCUCGACGUGAUACGAAAUAAAU